AUGGAAGAGGACAAUGAAUCAGAUUAGAACUACUCGGAAGAAGAAAUCAAGGAGCAAUUCAAUGAGAUAAACUCCAACGAUGAUCUAAGUGAUGAUGAUGAUUCUGAAGAGGAAAUCUUCACUUAAAAUGAGCAAUUCAAAGCAUAACUUGCAAUUGACACCAGGAGUAUUGACAAACAACAAAGAACUUAGGAUUUUAUGAGAGAAUCAGAUGAUAGUCAAGGCACAAUAUCUCCUCCGAUGGACUACAAUAAAUGGAAAGAAAAUAGAUUGAAGAAAUUGGAGGACUAUUCUAAAAUCUUAUCCUCUAACUAAUCACAGUCAAUAGAUGAGGGAAUGUUCUCAAACAGGAAAAAAGAAAGCCAGCUCUACAGACAUGCUUUAAGCAGUCAGAAAAAAUAUGAUACUUAGGAGGAUGGGUAAGUAGAGGACAUGGGUACAUCAAGCUAUAAGAAAAAUAUGUAUAUAAUUGAUUAAGAAUCUAGUCAAUAAGAAAGUGAUUCAUAGUGUUUUGCUUAGAAAUAAGAGAUACUAAAUUAAAAUAAAAACAAUAUAUAGCAGCAGAUGAUUCAAUAAAAUGAGAGCUUAAAGCAGUAGAAAUAAUAACAGUAAACUUACCUUGGUAAAAAUUUAAAUGAUGUUAGGACCUUUUGCAUGUCUAACAGUGUACUUAAUAACUUUCAGGAUUUUAACUAGUCUCUUUAAUUAAAUAAUAAUCAACUUAACUAAAUUGAAAUGUAAGGGAAUUAACCAAUAGUAAACUAAAAGCAUAAGAGAAAGGAAUCUGCUCUUGAGAAGAAUUAUAACAAGCCUCUGUAAAUGGUUAAUAGUGGCAGUCCUCCAAAUCAGUGCAAGAGAGAUGAUAUUUAUCCAAAUCCUUUCAAAUGCAGUGAAAUCAACAAUAGUAAUUCGGUUACAGGUAUUGGCAUGAAUAACACAUAAUUCACCUCAUCUUUUGGACUAAUAGCGAACGAGAUGAACUAGAUAACUUUCAAAAAUUAGAAUUCAAAUAAUAUGAUGGUAGCACAGAAAAAUGAUCAAGAUCACCAAUUACAUUUUCAGUUAUCUGUCGUUGAUGAUAAUGAGUAUGAUGAAGAGCAGAGAAGAUAUAGCUUAGACUAGCAUAACAGACUGAAUAAGUAACAAAUUAAUGAUAGACUCAUAACUAAUUCUGACCAAGCAAAAUACUCCUACUAAAUCUAGGAUUAGCAUUUUUACUACACAAUCGGAAACAACACUCAUGGAUAGCAUACCAGCUCUUUAGGGCAAUUGUCCCUGCCUUAAGUACAUGACUUUAAGAAACUAAAAAUUUGUUAGGUUCUCUGGACAACAAAAAUAGUUUUCACCGCAAAACAUCAAUCAACUCAAGGCUAAGAGAUAGAACAUGUUAAGUCAGAUUAUAAAAAUGUACUAAGUGCACAUGGAUUAUCAAGCAACACCUCUAAACAGCAAAGUGAUGAAGAAGAUGAAAAUCAAAUGCAUUAGCAAUUAUCUAGCAAUAAAAAGGACAAUCAAUUUGAGGAAAAAAUUAAAGAUAUCAAGUCUUAACUUGAUUCAAUAAAGGAUACUAUUGGGUAAGAACUUAGUAAUUCGAUUGUAGAAAUUGUCAAGUCAAUGAAUAAUAAUCAUUAAAAUUCAUAACAAUCAGAAGGCUAAUCUAAGUUAAAUAAUAAGCAUCAUCACCAUUAGUCAAUUGAAUCAAAUAGAAAUAGUAGCAAUAAGAAAAAUGUGACUACAGCAAGAAUGUUUUCAUCAAUAGAUAAAGAUACAAGCAACACCACUGCUAAUUCGAAUAGUUAAAAUCAGAUAUAAAAUUCAGCACCUGUUUAAAGUGAAGAAAAUAACAAACUUAAGAAUGAGCUCUUAAAGAUACAGAAAAAUGAGAAAAAAAUAAUGAAAGAUUAUUAGAAACUUGUGAAUGAAUAGAAGAAGGAGAGAGAGCAAUUCAGUCAGACUGUUGAGCAACUUUAAAAAUAGAUUGCUAAAUUAUCAGAUAAAUUAGAAAGAAGCCAAUAAAGAACUGCUAAGAAGGAUUAAUUAUAGAGAAAUGCAGGGUAAGAAAACUCUGCAUCAAUCUCUAUGCAAGAUAAGUAAAAGAUUUAUGAUCUUGAAAAUGCUGUAAGUUCUCUUAUGAAUCAAAUAAAUCUAAAGCAUCAAAAUGAUUAAAGCAGCACUAAAAAGCUAAACAAAAAGCCAGUCAUACCACCUUUGAAAUAGAUUAACUCAAAUGAGAUGAAAAAUUUGAAAGAGCUUAGUGACUAGAAGAGCACACAGAGAAGAUUCACCAAUUUAACUACAAAUAGGAGUUAAACUAGAAGGUCUGCUAUCAAUUCAAUUUAAUCCCGAGAUCAGGAUAAGCACUAAAGCUUAGAUUAAGACAUAGAAGUGAUUGAGAAGCAGUUGAAGGAUGAAAAGGAGAAAAGAAGCAGGCUCCUCAAAGAUAAAAUCAAGAAAGAAAAGUAGAUUUUAAAAAUGAAAAAGAAAAUCACAGAGCAAAAAGAGUUAGAAAUGACUACAGCAACUUCAACUUUUGAGUCAAAGGCGAGUGUCGAGAAGGAAAAGGAUAAUAAUCAUAAGUUAGAUAAGCCAGUUUAGGAAUGA